AUUUGACAUCUGACACCCACCAUGUACUCCCUUCUCACCCUGCUGUGCGCCGUGGGCGCCCUGGCGGCCGAACUGAACACCACAACGGUCUACCAGUUCUCCUCGAACGACACAUGGCUGGAGAAUCUGGCGGUGCGGUCCAACGGCAUCAUCCUCACGACGGAAAUCGGCCCCCCCGCAAGUCUGCUGGCGUUUGAUCCGCGCGAAGAGACCCCCCAGAAGGUGGUUCUGCACACCUUCGACUCCGUUCUCGGCCUCUCCGGCAUCACCGAGGCAGCCCCCGAUGUGUUCUACAUCACCGGCGCCAACACCACGGCCGACAACAUCUCGGACCCGCCGGCGAACGCGACCCAUGUGUGGCGGGUGGACUUUACGGGCAACAACGAGAACCAGCCCGAGAUCAGCCUGAUUGCUCGGCCGACGGCCCCGACGGGGUUCAACGGGCUGGCCGCGUUCAACGAGAGCAUCAUCCUCGCGACGGCGACGUACCAGGAGGCCAUCUUUGCGGUGGACACGACGACGGGCGAGACGUGGGAGGCCAUCACCAACGACAUGAUGAGUUCCAUCAACGGGAUCAAAGUGCGCGACGGAUACGUGUAUUGGACUGCUGGCGCUGACUUCUGCCGCGCAAAACUGUACCCGAACGUCACUGCCGGGGCGCCGCAGCUGAUCGCGCAGGGGAUCGCCUUUGACGACUUUGCUCUGGCGCCGGAUGGGUUCGGAAACACCACAGACAGAAUGUAUGCGUAUCUGGCCACGGCGGCGGAAAACACCGUCAUGCAAGUCAGCUUCGAUCUGGACGGAGGGAACAACCAGUCGGUGGUGAUUGCCGGCAACCUCGACUCGAUCGAGAUCGCGGAACCGACGGCCUGUGCCUUUGGACGGGGUGAGGGCGAGUUUGACCACUUGUACAUCACCACGGGGGGUGGCAGCGGCGUCAAUGUCGAUGUCAACGGGGUGGACACUGCUGUUGGGGCUCAGCUAUUGGAGAUCACUCUGUAAUCCCUUUUCUUCUUAUCGAUUAUCCAUUCUCUUAUAUUAUCAAUCAUCGAUAGCUCAUAUCUGGCACAGCUAGACGGCUUACAAUAUAGCUAGCAGUUGAGAUACUGUGUCCUGACAGGAUUAAGUUAUUUUGCAUUAAA